AUGAGGACACGCCAGGCGACCCCAACUAGGUGCCAGCCUCACUUGUAUUGGCAGUUUUUCCUGGUCGUUGGGUGCAUAGCGGAAGGGGUGUCCCCGGACUUCACAGAUAAUGGCCCCUUCACCAUCCGCCAUGAAAACUCAGGUAAAUGCCUUAAAACUGUGAAUGGUUGGGUCGUAGCUGCGGACUGCCAGAAAACCAACGACAUGCAAUGGAAAUGGGUGUCACAGCAUCGCCUCUUCCAUAUAGAAUCUCAGAUGUGCCUCGGAAUAGAUAUUGCCAAGCCAAAAGAUUCCUUGAAAAUGUUCAGCUGUGACUCAAAUGCUAUGUUAUGGUGGAAAUGCGAGUAUGGUUCUUUGUACAGUGCUUCCCAGUACAGCCUGACUCUAAAGAGUGGGCAAGUGACAGCAAAUGUAAAUUCGUCCGACACCUGGACAAAAGGAGACUCCAGGGAACAUCUUUGUGACCAGCCUUACCACGAGAUAUAUACCCGGGAUGGGAACUCUUAUGGGAGGCCUUGUGAGUUUCCCUUCUUAAUGGAUAAUGUCUGGCAUCACGAAUGUAUUACUGAUGGAAAUCAUAAUGGGACAUGGUGUGCCACAACCUUAAAUUAUCCAUAUGACCAGAAGUGGGGAAUUUGCUUAAAACCAGAGGAUGGCUGUGAAGAUAAUUGGGAAAAGAAUGAGCAAUUUGGACAUUGCUACCAGCUUAAUACCCAGGCAGCUCUUACAUGGAAGGAAGCAUUUAUAUCAUGUCAAAAUCAAGGAGCAGACUUAGUAAGCAUCACAAGUGCUGAUGAAUUAAAUCAUCUCAAAGAUAAAAAAGGGAUCCCCAAAAUGUUCUGGAUUGGUUUAAAUCAACUAGACUCUUCAAAAGGUUGGGAGUGGUCUGAUCACACCCCACUAAAUUUUCUCAACUGGAAUCCAGAAACUCCCAGUUCACCUACAAUAGGUGGCUCAAGUUGUGUGAUAAUGAAUGCAGAAUCAGGUCAAUGGCAAAGUUUUCCAUGUGAAGCUCAGUUCCCAUAUGUCUGUAAGAAGCAACUGAAUGAGACAUCGAACUCAUCAGAUGUCUGGACAUAUUUAGAGACCCUCUGUGAUCCAGGCUGGGUGCCAAACAAUGGAUUUUGCUAUCUGCUGGUAAAUAAAAGUGGUUCCUGGGAUGAGGCAAAUGCAGAAUGCACAUCCAACCACAGUGACCUAAUCAGCAUGCAUUCAUUAGCAGAUGUGGAGUUAGUGGUCAAAAAGCUCCAUGAAGGAGAAACCAAGGAAGAAAUAUGGACAGGUCUUAAGAAUAAUGAGAUACCAGCCUUAUUCAAGUGGUCGGAUGGAACUGAAGUGACUCUUACUUACUGGGAUCAAAAUGAGCCAAAUGUUCCCUACAACAAAACUCCUAACUGUGUUUGCUAUUCAGGAAAGUUAGGUCACUGGAGAGUCCAGUCUUGUGAAAAGAAAUUCAAGUAUGUAUGUAAGAAAAUAGGAAAAACAGUCAACGAAACAAGAUUGGAUAAGGACUGCCCUCAGGAAGAGGGCUGGGAAAGGCAUGGAGAAGCUUGUUAUAAGCUAUAUAAGGAUGAAGUCCCCUUUGGAAUUCACUGCAAUCUGACGAUAACUAGCAGAUUUGAGCAAGAAUACUUAAAUAACAUGAUUAAAAAGUACAGUAGAGGUAUAGGAAAAUACUUUUGGACUGGCUUGAGAGAUGAAGAUUCACGAGGAGAGUAUAAUUGGCCAAAUGUAAAUGGGACAAAGCCAGUUGUAACCUAUGUAAACUGGAAUUCUCUUGAGCCAGCUUCACCUGGUGGAUGUGUGGCUAUUGCAAGUGGAAAAUCACUUGGAAAAUGGGAGGUCAAGGAUUGUAAAAGUUUCAAAGCACUCUCUAUUUGCAAGAAAAGAAUUGGGCCCCCAGAGCAUGAGCAAAUGGUUCCUAAACCUGAUGAUCCUUGUCCCAGUGGAUGGCACAGUUUACCAACAGGGCUUUCUUGCUAUAAGCUGUUUCAUAAAGAGAGAAUUGUAAGAAAAAGAACUUGGGAAGAGGCUGAAAGAUUCUGCCAAGCACUCGGAGCACAUCUUCCUAGUUUCAACGAAAUGGAUGAGAUGAAGGAAUUUCUGAAUUUUCUAAAGAACCAACUGAGUGACCAACGUUGGAUAUGGGUAGGAUUAAAUAAAAGGAGUCCAGAUUCUCAAGGAUCUUGGCAAUGGAGUGACAGUACACCGGUAUCUACCAUGGUCAUAUCAAAUGAGUUUCAGGAAGAUUAUAACAUCAGAGAUUGUGCUGCUUUCAAAGUCAGCCAAAUGCAGUGGAGAAGACGAUGGCAUUUGUUUGAAAGCAGGAACUUGAUUAUUUACUUAAGACCUUUUGCUUGUGAUAUUGAACUUGAAUGGGCAUGCCAGAUACCAAAAGGACAGACUCCAAAGACACCAGAGUGGUUCAACCCUGAUCGGGCAGGAAUUCAUGGGCCACCAGUUGUUAUUGAAGGCAGUGAAUAUUGGUUUGUUCCUGAUAUUCACUUGAACUAUGAUGAAGCAGUCUUGUAUUGUGCAAGUAAUCAAAGCUCCCUUGCGACUCUGAAGUCUCUCACAGCACUAAGUGCUAUUCGAGAAAAAAUUGCAAAUCUAUCUGGGGAUCAACAGAAGUGGUGGAUUAAAACUCUUGAUGACCUAAGAAAUUAUCAUGAUCUGAGCUUUCAUGCAUGGCAUCGCUUUCCUCCGAUAUAUGAAAAGGAGUGCUGGUACAUCUCUUCCAGGUAUUGGUUUAAAGACUUAAACAAGCCCGUAGACUGCAGAAUCAAGCUUCCUUUCAUAUGUGAAAAAAAUAAUGUAUCUUCAUUAGAGAAAUAUAUUCCACCAUCGGCAGCUAAAGUUCAGUGCUCUGGGGAAUGGAUUUCAUUUAAGGACAAGUGUUUUCUAAAGAUCAAACCAAAACUUUGCACAUUUUCUGAAGCCAAGGAAAUCUGUCAUACGUAUGGAGGUACUCUUCCUUCAGUCCUGAGCCAGAGUGAACAAGACUUCAUUACAUAUUUACUUCCCGAUUUGGGAAAUACCAUUUGGAUCGGCUUGUUCAGAAGCAUUACCACAAAGAUAAGCAGAUGGACCGACAACAACAAACUGUUGUACAGUAACUUCCAUCCAUUGUUGCAGGGACGGGAAAAAAGGAUACCAUUGGAUCUUUUUGAUGAAGAUGCAAACAACCAUUGUGCUGUGAUGCUCAACCUUCAGAAAUCAACUUUAACUGGGACAUGGAAUUUUACUUCCUGUAAAGAAGAACACAAUUUAUCUCUAUGUCAAAAGUAUUCAGAAAUCCAAGACAAUCGUACAUUGCAGAACACUUCUAGAAUCAUAAAGUAUCAAGAUUAUUCGUACAAAAUAAUCCAGAAAGCAAUGACUUGGUAUGAUGCCCUGAUGGAGUGCCAAAAGGAAGACAUGCAGCUAGUAAGCAUCACAGAUCCCUAUCAACAAGCUUUCCUUACUGUGCAGACUGUUCUUAAUAAUUCUUCAUUGUGGAUUGGACUCUCAAGCCAAGAUGAUGAACUCAACUAUGUCUGGUCAGAUGGAAAACAUUUCAGCUUUAGUCGCUGGUCUGAAAAUAGUGCACAAUUGGAAGACUGUGUAAUUUUGGACACUGAUGGCUUCUGGAAAGCUUCUGGUUGCAGAAGCAUCCAAUCAGGUGCAAUCUGUUAUACUUCAGGAAAUGAGACAGAAGAAGAGAUUAAGAAAGUUGAUGCUGCUAAAUGUCCAUCUAGUGUUCUCAAUACACCCUGGAUACCAUUUCAGAAUAAUUGCUACAAUUUCAUGAUCGCCAAAAAUAGAUUCCUAGCAUUAACAAAAGAUGACGUGCAACUUCAGUGUCAGAAGCUAAAUCCAAAGGCACAUGCUCUGAGUAUUCGAGAUGAGAGAGAGAAUGACUUUGUUCGUGAACAGCUACUGUAUUUCAACUAUUUGGCUUCCUGGGUAUUAUUGGGUAUAACUUAUGAUGAUGAUUCAUUAAAGUGGUCUGAUAAUACUACAUUGUCCUAUACCAACUGGAAAACAGGAAGACCACCUAUAAAAAAUAAGAAUUUUUAUGCUGGCUUGAAUACAGAUGGCUUCUGGGAUAUCCGACUUUAUAGUAAAGUUGAAGAUGCACUUUAUUUUCACCAGCACAGCAUUCUUGCUUGCAAAAUUGAAACAGUUGACUACAAGGAAGAAUACAAUCGUACCCUGCCGCAAUUAAUUCCAUAUGAAGAUGCUACUUAUAAUGUUGUUCAAAAAAAAAUCACAUGGUAUGAAGCCCUGAGAGAAUGUUCUCAGAGUGGAGGCUCUUUAACAAGUGUACAUGACAAAAAUGGUCAGCUCUUUUUGGAAGACCUUGCAAAACGUGAUGGAUUUCCAUUAUGGACUGGACUAUCAAGUCACGAUGGAAGUAACUCAACUUUCGAAUGGUCUGAUGGAAGCACACUUGACUACAAUCCACUGAAGGAACAAAAUUCUACAGGAAAUUGUGUAGUAUUGGAUCCUAAAGGAAUUUGGAGACGUGAAAAAUGUUACUCCGUUGUGGAUGGUGCUAUUUGUUACAAACCUAAAACUCCUAAAAAGCAACCCCUUCAAAAAUACUCCUCCCGGUGUCCAACAACCAAAGGGAUCCAGUGGGUUCCAUUUGGAGAUUCCUGUUAUACAUUUGAGAAGUCAUUGCACAGUUUCUCUGAGGCCAAACAGCUGUGCCCAAAACUUGAUAAUGCAGCAACUAUUGUUACCAUAAAAAAUGAAAAUGAGAACAUGUUUGUGAGCAGAAUGAUAAAAGAAAAUAAUUAUGUCACCAUGAAAGUUUGGCUUGGAUUAUCUCAACCCUCCAAUGAUCAGCCGUGGAGCUGGUUGGAUGGUUCCGUGGCAGAAUAUGUCAAAUGGGGAAAUGAAAGUAUGAAUCUUAGUGGCAAGUGUAGCAUCUUGCUGGCUUCAAGUGAAACAUGGACCAAAGUUAAAUGUGAUCAAGGCCACAGAAGAGUUGUCUGCAAAGUCCCUAUGGGAACAAACUACAGAGGAGUGGCUAUCGCAAUUGCUGUUCUGACUUCUUUAGCUUUGGUUUGUGUACUGAUUUGGUACCUCUACCAAAAGAAACGUUUCCACUGGGCUGGCUUCUCUUUGGUGCGCUAUGACCAUGGGGUGAAUGAAGAUGAGAUUGUGCUUCCAACCUUCCAUGACUGA